UCAGAAGAUUCAGAAUCACUUCAUGAAUCAAAGUCAGUCGAUUCUGAAUCAACACCGCUUCUUGAAUCUAAGUCAGAAGAUUCAGAAUCACUUCAUGAAUCAAAGUCAGUCGAUUCAGAAUCAACAUUGCUUCUUGAAUCUAAGUCAGAAGAUUCAGAAUCACUUCAUGAAUCAAAGUCAGUCGAUUCAGAAUCAACAUUGCUUCUUGAAUCUAAGGCAGAUAAUUCAGAAUCUGUAGAAGCUCCUGAAAUCAAGACAUUACAAAAAUCUACUGAAGAGGACUCUGAUGGCUUUCAGCCAAAGACAGAUGUUUCAUCAGUACCGACGUCUGAAUUUAUAGAUGCACUAACAGAAGAGACAGAAGAUAUUCCAAUAAGCCAAGAUGCUGAGGUCAUUUCAGAAGAUGUAGAAACAGAACCAUCAGAUCCUGACGCACAAGAUAUUGAUUAUUCUGAGCUUUUGCACAACCAAAGUGACUCUGAUUUUGAGCCACUUGAAACACAAGCAGCAGGUUUAGACGCAGCACAUGAAGAACCUGCUAGAACAGAGCUAAAGGAUAAAGAUAUACCACUACAAACACCAGAGAAAACACUUGAGGAUGAGAACAGGCCAACCUUUAAAGAUGCUUUCAAAACAGAGCAUGAAGGUGAAACGCAAGAGAACGAAUCGCUUCAGGAGCUCACCAAAGAAUCGCUUUCAGCUGCUGAUGUUGAAGAACAAGCUGGUCUUGAGGUCACACAUGCACAGAGUGAUUUUGAAGAACUGGCUAAUGCAGAUGAAGCCGUUGACGUCAAAAUCCCAGAAUCUUCUCAUCUGUCUCCAAAUGCUAAAACUGCUUCGGAUACAAGUCAAGACGUCCCAUCUGAACCAGCAUUGGAAACCGAGUCUGCAAAAGCACCACCGGCAUUAAAUAUAAGUGAAAUCACUAAAGAAAACGAUCAGGAGAAGCUAGCCGUUGAAGUCCUUCUUCAGAAGGCCAGCAUGAGCAUGAAUGAAAAUGCAAACAUAAACACUGCAGACGAUCCUCAGGAUGCAGUUACGAAGAAUAGCGAAAAAGUGAGAGAAUCGAUUGGCGAAGAUGAGAAGUUAAAGGAGGAACUUGUUACAGAAAGCCCAGAAACUGCACCUCCAUUUGCCCAAAUGGAUGAACAGAUUGAUAAAGUGAAGAACGAACUCGUGGAUCUACUGAAAAACACACUGGAAUCAGAACAACAAAGUCCUGAAGAGGAUGUGGAUGAAGAUGCCGAAGAGUUUUUAGAAGAUGAAAAUGCUCUUCUUUCUUCUGAAUCUCAGCUCACAGAAGGCAUACAAGAACCCAAAGAAAACCAACAACCUGAAGGUGAUCAGUGGGUUGAAUCCCAACAAAGCGCAAACACCACAAAGCAAGAAGAAAACGAUGAAAUCCGUCUUCCUCCCGAGGAGCCUGACUACAGCGAUAACGUGCUGAGACUCUCAAUCUUACGCGAUCACCUGAAGGACGUGGACAUGGAGCGCAUGCAGAAGUAUUUAGCCCUUAAGAACCUGUUCAAAAUCGAAGCCCUGUUUUCUGAUCUAGAUCUGGAGAUGAAGUCUGCGAGAGAGCUGCAGACGGACACGGAGGAAAUCGAGCGAACGCUGGACCAGAUCAUGGAGGCCUCGGAGAACUCGAUUCUCGACGCCACAGAGGACAUAUUUAAUGAAAGAGACCGGACAUCUCAGGAACACGGACAGCAGAAGGAACCGGAAAUGUAUGACUUCGAGGCUGCCAUCUUAGAUGCUUUCCAGGAGAUCGUUUUCGCUUUACGACAGAAAUAUUCAGCAGCCAGUGACAGCGCACCAUUGGUCGAGGAAGAACAUCUUGCAACUGAAACAGAUGAAAAAAUCGACUCUGAAGAGGUGAAGGGUUUGGGCAGUAACGUUGAAAUGACCGAACCACCCGAGAGUCCUGCGGUGCAUGAGGAGCAGAACGAAUCUGAAGUGAUUCUGAAUUCUGAAUUAAAUACGAACAAAGAUCUGUCUCACAGUAAAGACGUUGGUCUCGAGGAGGGCCAUUUCAACAGAAAUAAAGACACCCAGAUAGGGUUCGAGGACGCUGAGGAGAUUCAGAAGGGGCCUCAUGCUAUUUUAGAGAAAUCAGUGGACAUCAGCUUUCACUUUGAAGUGGAUCCAUCUUCAGGUUCACUGGAGUCUCCGAGCGUCUCUGAUUUCCACGACAGUGUUUCCUCCAGCUCAUCGACUGCAGAUGAACUUUGGGCUUUAGUGCUUCUCUUCAAAGAAUAUCUUGGAGUUUAUGGAGAAAUUCUGAUCACUGGUCUUCCAGAGGAAUGGCGACCGGGACCCACUUUGCACGGCGUCCCCUGGGAGCCGGUGGUGGUUACGGCGGUUGUCGGUACAUUUACAGUUCUGAUGUUCUUCUGGAGGACGGUUCUCGCUAUCAAAGGCAGAACCUAUCAGUUAACUGAAAAGCAGCUUAGAGACAAGAUCCAGCAGCUUCUCAACGAGAAAUCUGAUGCUGCUAACAAGAUCUCAGAACUGAAUGACGUGAUAAAAGAGCGUGAAGAACGACUGAAAAACUCUGAGAAAUCACUGAGUUCCAGCCAACAAGAAAUGAAAGGGCUGAAGAACCGUCACCAGAAGCUCCAGAGCCAGUGGGAGCAGAUGUCUGGGAGCAUUUCACAGCUCAACCACAAAAUAGUGGACACACAGGAAGAAAAUUCAAAUCUCAAUGAGAAGAUUGCCAAAAUGCACCAGAGAAUUGAGAAAUACCAGAAAACGCUGAAGAGCUAUGACGAGGAGCGUGCAAAGGUUCAUGUCCUCAUGGAUGAAGCCAAACUCAGAGAAGAUGCCUUUAAGGCUCAGGUUCUGUCCUUCGAGAAGGAAAACGGCGCUUUAAAAGAGCAGAAGAAAUCUCUCCUCCGUGAUGCGAAAGACUGGCAGGAGAAGCACAAGAAACUGAGCAAGGAGAUCCGAGUUUACCACAAAUCCCAGAAAGAGCUGGAAGACUCUCUGGUGCACAAGGAGAAUGAGAUUGACGUUUUGUCCAGCUGUAUUGCAGAGCUCAAUCGUCUGGGAGCCUGUGAUCCUGCAGAACUACAGAAAGACGAUGCUAAAAUGUCUAAUGGAGAAGAUGCUGAGAAGAAGAUGGACAGCAUGAGACUGCGAAUCAAGCAGAUGAUGGACGUCUCCAGGAUUAAAGUGACUCUCAGCGUUGUUGAAGACGAAAGGAAUCGCUACGUGGAAAGUCUCCUCGCCGAACAGAAAGCCAGACAGGAGCUGGAGGAGCAAUAUCAGAAUGUCAUGCAUGCCCAGAUGAAUCUGAACAAUGAGAAAACGCAUCUGGAGAACCAGUUCAAGCACCUGCAGCAGAGGCUGGAAAUCACCACUGAACUCUACCAGCAGAAAGAGAACGCACUGCAGCAGAAACUGACUCAGGAGGAGCUGGAGAGACGCGAGAAGGAGACGAAGCUGUCGGAGGUGGACAGUAAAGCUGUGCUCUCAGAGGAGGAGGUGAGAGCCCUGAAACAGAAGAUCAAGGACAUCGAGGAGGAGAUGCAGCAGAACGAACGCUCUCUGAAGUCUGAGGUGGCAAUCCAGGAGAAGAAAGUCCAUGAGAACUGGUUGAAAGCCCGCACCUCUGAACGAACUCUGGUGGAGGAACGAAGAGAGUCGGCCACUCUUCGUCAGAAGCUUGUGGAGUACAGAGAUAAAAUAUCAGACCUGGAGCAAAGUCUGUUCAAACUCAACUCUGGACCUCCAGACCGCCACAUGCCUCCACAGCGCCGAGGUGAUUCGUACGGGCCGUCUCCUGUGAGUGGGGGGGCUCCCUCUCCUCCUCUAAUGAUAGAGGAUCCAGGACUCCCCCCCUCUGCACCUGUAGGGCGACGGGGCGAACCGUUCGGUCCACGACCCCCGUCUGACCCUCACGGACGCUUCUCGGAUCUCGGACACCCGCUGCCAUCCAGACCAGAAAUGUUUCCUCCGAUGACUUCAUCUCCCUGUGCACACGAUGGACCGAUGCAGCCGGCACCGGUCAGUGAGACGGCCGAGGCCUCGGAGCAGGUCUUGUCUGAGCCCAUAGAGCCUCUCUCCAAGUCUCAGAGUCAGGGAUCCUUCUUGCCAUCUCCCAUCCGUGAUUCUCCGGUUCCUCCACCGAAGUCGUACGGACCCCCAGUCAUGCCACCCAUGAUGAUACGACCGCUCAAUGGUCACCCGCCCAUGAUCCCACCAGAGCAGCGCUUCAGACCGCCACCCAUGGGCUCAUACGGCCCUCCUCGUCCAAUCGGCCCAUUUGGACCCGUACCGCCACCGUUUGGACGAGGCCCGUCGUUGGGACCGCUUCCCCCUCCGCCGCGCGGACCGUGGGACGCCCCUCCAGAAUUCUUCGGCCCUCGCGGCCUCCCCCCUCGCCCCUUCCCCCCCGGACAUCUGCCGCACCCCGGAGCCAUGAUCCCACCUCUGUACGGCGGGCGCGGUUUCCCGGGACCCCCUCCACUAAUCCCUCAGCGCUCCAGAGACGGCGAGGGGAACGUCACACCAGCCAACGAGCCGCCAACGGACGCGUCCCAUCAGGAUGGCGAACCUUGACACGAAAACGUGCUGAUUCGCCAGCUCGACUUUGUUGGGUCCUGAUUCUUUUCAAUAUUUAACCAUCAAAAUCAGGUUUGGGUAGAAAAAAAACACUUAAUUUUGUUUCAGUAACACAUUUGUGACAGAAAUAAUGAGGUUUUGAUUUUAUACAUUAGCAAACCUUUCCUAUGGAAAUAGUUUGAUUUAAUAUGCAUUCAAUUUUUUUUCCUGGUGGUUGUCAUGUGGUUACAUUACAAUCUCUACCACUCGAACCAGUGCUGAUGCAUUCUGGGAUGCCAAGCCUAUAUUUAGGCACAUCGUGAAGCCAUUUCCUCAUGCCUUUAAUGUGAGAGGACUCUGAAGAGACUUUACGUAUUUUUAUGCCUUUUCACCAUUUUUGAACAACCCUAUUCCCGUUCAGCCGCUUCUAGUCUGAUGAUCCACCAGCUCUCGUGAUUAUUCGCCGCACCUGUGUUUAUUUUAACGUUUGAUUCGUCGUGCAUCUGCUCUGAUUUCUUUUUCCUAGCGGAAAGGCACAUAUGAUGUCAUAUUGACAAAGUAUUUGUACGUUUCUUUCAGCUGCGUAUACAAUAAAAUAUUCUCACAAAUCAGACACAAUAGAAACAGACGAAUGUCUCUGUGUUUGUUCAUCCGAGCCUUCAUACAGCCAGCAGGUGUAUUUUUUUUUUUGUAAUAUUAUUUUUAUUAAAUUUUCUUGAAACACUUACAAGACUGACACAUGUACAUACCGUGUCUGUAACAAUACUUACUAUGUACAGAAAAGAAAAGAAAACAAACAAACACUAGAGGCUCAUAUUACAUAAAAAGUGUAAAGCACAAAACCAACAUAAGGAUUAAUACAGUCUGUACUUUGGAAGUUAGAUUUAAUAAUCCAUUGCAAGCAAUAACAACCGCAGUUGUAAGGGGUUAAUAUAAUGCACAUGCACAUUAUAUUGUUUAAUAUCCCUACAUUCAAUAAAUAAUAAAAAUGGACUCCAUAUUUUCUUAAAUUUAGCUUGUUUACCCUUAAGCAUGCAGGUGUGUAUUAAUGGAUGUUGCGUGAUGAUGAAACACGCGCAGAAUGAAUUUUUGACAAACUGUUUGAAUUGAUUGUUGACGGUUUACAUAAAAACAUUCUUGUAAACGAAUUAGUCUCAUUCGAUUCAUGCAGGAAUGAUUUUACAAGCAAGUGCCACACAUUCAUCGCAAAUGAUUCACUGAAUUGCAAUAAUUUAUAUAU